ACAAAACCCGCCAAGUGAGUUUGAAAGAGAGAGAGAGAAAAGGAGAGAGAGAAGCCAUCGCUCGAUAGUUCGAUCGUCGCUUGAUCAUCUUCUUUGCUUCGCCUGCGGAUUCUUCUCGCUCGCUUUUUCAUCUUGGUUGCAGGUGAUCUGGUUGGAUUUGUCGCUCAAGAUUGGCCGAAACGAAGACGACGAAAUUGGUCUCUCUCUCUUUCUGAGAGUUGGAAGCUAUGGAGUUUCCCAACGGGAUGGGAUGGCAGAGUACAAAAGGCUGUAUCCUUUGCAUCAAUUGCGGCUUCUUCGGAAGUGCAGCCAUGGGAAACAUGUGUUCCAAGUGCCACAAGGACAUGCUGCAGAAGCGAGAACAAGCUGAGCUUGCAGCUUCUUCCUCCACCACCAGCAUUGGUGCAGCAAGCUCUGGUGAGAGCGGGAAGGAGCAUGCAGUUGCUGGUGCAAGGGACGUGCACAGUGGUGCAGUGGAUGUUGAAGCCUCAUCAAUCACUAGUUUACCAGAAUCGACUUCAACUGGGAAUUCAGCUGCAUUGUUAUUCAGAAAUCUCAGAAUGAAUGUGAAGGAAGGGCCUAAUAGGUGCACUGCAUGCCGCAAACGCGUGGGUCUGACCGGGUUCAACUGCAGGUGCGGCAACCUUUUCUGCGCGGCGCAUCGCCACGCUGAUGAGCAUGACUGCUCCAUUGAUUAUUGGACCGCUAACCGGGCUGCUCUAACCAAAAGAAACCCUAUUGUCAAGGCAGAAAAACUCGGUAAGAUAUAGAAUUAAGGAGUCGGAUUGAAGGGUCAGGUUCUAGUCUGAUGCUGGUAUUACUUUUCUGUGAAUAUCGUCACGCUAGCUGUUAGCUCACGUUUUGAAGCAUGAUUUGAGGACAUUUUCUCAUGUAAAAAGCAUAUCACAACAUCACUUUUGGACGAUC